AUGGCAAUCUAUGAAGACAAAGAUGGGCUGGUGGCCUGCUGGUCUUCCGCAUUUGAAACUGGCCGCGGUAGCGACGUGGUGGUCAGGGCACCAGGUGGGGAAGAGAUUCGCUGCCACAAGGCUGUGCUCUCCGUCUUCAGUGAGCAUUUUCAAAAAAUGUUUGAGUCGGACAUGUUGGAGGGCUCAAAGGGCUGCGUGGACGUCAAGGAAGUGGACCCAGUUGCACUGCACAGCAUGAUUGAGUUCAUGUACACAGGCCGAUGCACAGUGACGAGUCUGAGUGUCAUUCCCUUGAUGGCCGUUGCGGAGAGAUUCGAUGUCCAAUCGCUGCGAAACUUCUGUGGCAGAUAUGUGGAACAGGAGCUGCAGAUAACCAGGGACAACUGGUCAGACCUCCUGAAGUUGUGUGCUGCGUAUCGAGUGCCACCUUUGGCGACUCGCCUUGUGGACGCAUUCUUGGACGAAAUGAUUGUUGACCUUGCGGACUGGGUGCAGAUAUCCCCUUUGGAGCUUUCAGCACUGAUGUCUGGAGCAGAGCAGAAUCGAGGGCCACUGGGUUUCGCCCUUGCAAAAGCGGUGGAUGUGUGGACAUCCCACGAAGAUGGCAGACAGGAGCACGGCCUGGGCAUCCUGCAUAGCUUCGACUACACGAAGUUCACCACACAAGAGAUCUGUGAGCUGCGCACCCUGGACAAUGUGCAUGCUUGUGUGAGCCUAGGCCCCCAGAUCGUGGCAUCGAUGGCCAAGAUAGCGGACAAGGCAAGAGAGCACAAGCAGGCGGCCUCGAGGACAUGGAGCCAGGGGGAUUCUGGAAGCUGGACAGCGCCAUCUUCUGGCUGGUUCUACCUUCUUGCAAGAGGCCAGAGGGGCAGCUCGCACAAUGGCCACAGCGGUGGAGAAGGUGCAGUUGUUGGCGGUGCUUGUUUGCUGAAGGAAGGAGAUGAGUUGCUGAUUAGCGCUGGUGGGCCGAUCGGCCGUGAGGAAUCGCUCCACAGGUCUUCCUCUGUGCCCUCAGGAGGAGACGCAAGCUACAUCGCGUCAGUGGUGAAAGGUGUGCCGGCGAAAUCGCACAGCACUUUGUUUGUUGCCGGGGGUGGCGGGUCCAGUUCAUGGAUUAACGAUGGAGGGGAUGCGAUUUUAGAGGGCCCAGCGACUGGCACGGGUAAAAAGCGUCAAUGUAGCACAGCUGGAAUGAGCUACAAUGAUGUUUAUGCAUGGCCAGGACGACCACUGAAGGGGGGCACAGAUCCAGAGGGACAGGGGGCAGGUGGCGCUGGCUAUAACGGGGGCAGAACAAAAAACUACAAUCUUCCAUGCAGUGGUGGAGGAUCGUGCUUCAUCUGCAUGGGGGCGAAGAACGUCGUUAAAGCUUACAACCCCAUGGACAGCUGCGAAGUUCAAAUCUUCAGUGGUGAUGUGCUGCCUGACAAUUUUGUUCUCUGA